AUGAUGGAUUCCAUCAAUCGUCUGAAUUCCCCUAUGGCUCUGUAUGUGGAGGACUUGACAGAACAUCCUUUGGAGCUGGAGAGAAGAAGGGAAAUUGCACAAAAAACUGUGAGAGAAUCCCCGGCUUCUUUUCUUGUUGGGUCUAUGGAAUCAGUGAGCCAAAAGGUUGCACAUCUGGAGCAGCAGUUAAAGAAUGUUUUCAAUGAUGAUCUGGUGAAUAAAUCUCCAGAUAUAUAUGGGACAUUACCCCAUUCUGCAUGUUUUACGCCAUGGUAUAAUCCUAAGGAACAAAGGGUACAAUUUGAUAAAAAGUCUAAAGAAUAUGAUAAGAAAGAGCUGCAGAAAUUUACACACAGGUAUAAGCGGUCUAUGACGAAGACAGAGUUUGCAGAAUAUCCAAAAACAAAAGAAAGUACCACGAAAGAAAUAAAACCAAAACCUAAACUAGUUGAAUUAUACCACUUCCCAGGAUUUUCAUAUCAAGACCCUUUGUCUCUCCCUCAUGAGAUAUCACCAAGAACCAUUAUUGAAAAAGUGGUGUCAGCCCAUAAGAAUACUGGGGCAAAGAUAUGCCCCACUAGGGAACUGUACCGAUUUCUUAUUACUCCCGUUGCUCAAAAGAUCCUUCUGGACUGCUAUUGGUGGUUCUUUCUACACAGAUAUAAACCAGAUACAGAGAGCCAGAAUAAGCUGUUUGGCCGAGUUGCAGAGAAUUACAUCCAGCUGCUUGCCUUGUGUAAAAGCUCAUAUCAUGGGAAUGCUUUUCUUAAUUCUAAUGAUGUCAAAAAGAAAUUUAAAGAUGCAAAUAACUAUAAUUUACUGUUGUAA